AUGUCACCCCCAGUGGACAUCGGGAGCAAAUGGGACAGACCCCUAAUUUAUUACUUUUUAGGCCUACAAUGGAGUGACGAAACCCUCAAGUGGGAUCCAGCAAAGUAUGGUGGACAGACGUUUGUAUUGGCAAAUCCAGAUGACAUAUGGAAGCCCGAUAUAACCGUUAUAAACGGAGCGAAGGACUUCAUUUAUGCUCGCAACUUAAAGUUUCUUGUUGAGCUGAAGUGGACGGGUAGAACGGAUUGGUCUCCAGCCUCCAUGUUCGAGACAACCUGUCCAGUGGAUGUCACUUUGUACCCUUUCGAUACUCAGACUUGUGAGAUCCUCAUAGCCUGUUGGAUGUACAAUUACAAGACCAUAAAGAUGACUCCUAGGAACUCAUCAAACAUACUGUACUUCGGCGAGAGCGGAGAAUGGAUCUUCAGCAGUUCCAAGGCCAAGUAUGAUUUGGUGGAGUACAACGGCAGUAAUUUCAGCGUUGCUCGUAUUUCUUUCACAUUCCAACGACGACGAGCGUUUUACGUUAUAAAUGUGAUUGUGCCGGUCCUGUGUCUGUCUCUGCUCAAUACCUUGGUGUUUCUGGUUCCGCCAGAGUCCGGAGAGAAAAUGUCCCUCUCCAUUACCGUGGUUUUGGCCUACUCAGUCUAUCUCUCCAUCGUCAGCGCUGACAUGCCUGGAACGUCAAACAGCGUAUCAUAUCUAGCCAUAUACCUCAUAUUUGUUCUCGUGAUGGGCAUGAUCGCAGUGUUUAUGUCAGCAUUUGUGCUGUGGAUAUUCCAUGCAAAAGCCAGACAACUUGAUGAGAAACACAGACAUUUUUCUCUGAGAUCCUGUUCUUCACAACAUGAAGAAAAUAGGACUCUCUCGGAUACGGACCAUCGCCAUAUACUUACAGACAGAGCCAAGUACAUCCAACUGACAACCAAAAUUGACAGGCUAUCGUUUUGGUCAUUCUUGGCUCUUACUCUUGCAGGGUUCAUCACUUUAAUGGCUCUACUUCUGUCCUAG